GUUGAAGUUCAUGAGUUCGCCCAGCCUCAGUGACUUGGGCAAGAGAGAGCCGGCCGCCUCCGCCGCGGACGAGCGGGGCACGCAGCAGCGCCGGGCCUGCGCCAACGCCACCUGGAACAGCAUCCACAACGGGGUGAUCGCCGUCUUCCAGCGCAAGGGGCUGCCCGACCAGGAGCUCUUCAGUCUCAACGAGGGCGUGCGGCAGCUGCUGAAGACGGAGCUGGGGUCCUUCUUCACCGAGUACCUGCAGAACCAGCUGCUGACGAAAGGCAUGGUGAUUCUUCGGGACAAGAUCCGCUUCUAUGAGGGACAGAAGCUGCUGGACUCACUGGCAGAGACCUGGGACUUCUUCUUCAGCGACGUGCUGCCCACGCUGCAGGCCAUCUUCUACCCCGUGCAGGGCAAGGAGCCGUCCGUGCGCCAGCUGGCCCUGCUGCACUUCCGAAACGCCAUCACCCUGAGUGUGAAGCUGGAGGACGCGCUGGCCCGUGCCCACGCCCGCGUACCGCCCGCCAUCGUCCAGAUGCUGCUGGUGCUGCAGGGCGUGCACGAAGCCCGGGGUACGUCUGAAGACUACCUGCGCCUGGAGACGCUAGUCCAAAAGGUGGUGUCGCCGUACCUCGGCACCUACGGCCUCUACUCCAGCGAGGGCCCCUUCGUCCACUCCUGCAUCCUGGAGAAGCGCCUCCUGCGCCGCUCCCGCUCGGGGGACGUCCUGGCCAAGAACCCCGUGGUGCGGUCGAAGAGCUACAACACGCCGCUGCUGAACCCCGUGGCCGAGCACGAGGCGGAGGGCGUGGCAGCUGGCGGCACGAGCAUCCGCAGGCACUCGGUGUCCGAGAUGACGUCCUGCCCCGAGCCCCAGGGCUUCACCGACGUACCCGACCAGGGCCCCACGACACCCCACUCGGGGCCCUGCCCCAGCAGACUGUCCCCCCUGGCCCAGCCCUCAAAGCCCGGCCCGGCCCUCAGCACCGCGCCCACCCCGAGCCCCGAGACCCUGGUGGACCAGACCCUGGAGUCGGCAGACUCGGAUUCCGAAGGCAUCUUCAUUGACUUUGGCCGGGGUGGCAGCUCUGGGGUGUCCGACUUCGAGAGGACCGGGGGCCGGCAGAGCGUGGUGUGAGCGGCGGGGCCUUUUCCUGGCUCUGUGAGUGCAAGUCCCUGCAGCGCGCGUGUGUGUGUGUGUGUGUGUGUGUGUGUGUGUGUGUGUGUGCAAGAAUUUUCUACAGUCCCCAACCUGCCAGCCUCCCGGCAACCUCAUCACUGCCUCGGUCACUUUAUACUCGCUGGUCCUGUCCAGUGAAAGAGCUGUCCCCUUGGUGUCACCAGGAACCCAGCGAGCAUCCGACACGGGGUCGCUGCGCCCCUGCCUGCCACACUGGCAGUGUCCACGACUGUCACGGAGACUGAAAGAGUGCCGCCUGCCUGCACGGUGCGGCUCGGCUCGAGGCAGGGCCCCGCGUCCUCGUCCCCACAGGCCUCCUUGGCCCACAGCCUGCCCUCCCUCUGACUGAGGUGGCCCCGGGGACAGGAGGGGAAUAAAAUGUCUGCCCACUCUG